UCCCCCGCCACCCCGGGGACACCCCCCGGCCCCGACCCCUCCCCCGGCCGGAGCGGGGACCCUCGGCCUCGGGCCGGCUCCAUGCGGACCCCCAGGGUACCCCCUGGCUGAGCAGCGGGGACAUGAGCGGGGCUGGGGGGCACCUUUGGGUGCUCUGAGUGCCCCCCCACCCGCAGAGCACCAAGGAUGUGACCCUCUGGCGAUGCCCGGCCGCGCCGCGCUGGAUGGAGCCCUUCCUGCCCUCGCCCUGGGGCUGGAACGGCUCUAGAGGGGGGGCCCGGCCCCCCAACAGCACCGCCGAGGCCAAGCCCAAGGACACGGCCUCCAAGUCCGUGGGAUUGUUCUUCAUGGUGCUGCUGGACCUCACGGCCAUCGUGGGCAACGCCGCUGUCAUGACGGUCAUCGCCAAGACGCCGGCGCUGCGCAAGUUCGUCUUCGUGUUCCACCUGUGCCUGGUGGAUUUCCUGGCCGCCCUCACGCUGAUGCCGCUGGAGAUGCUGUCGGGCUCGGCCGUGUUCGAGAGCCCGGGGCUGGGCGAGGCCGUGUGCCGCGUGUACCUGUUCCUCAGCGUGUGCCUCACCUCCAUGUGCAUCCUCUCCAUCUCCACCGUCAACGUGGAGCGCUACUACUACGUGGUGCACCCUCUGCGCUACGAGGUGCGCAUGACGGCGGGGCUGGUGGCCGGCGUGCUGGCCGGCGUGUGGCUCAAGGCCGUGGCCACCUCACUGGUGCCCGUGCUGGGCUGGCUGUCCCCUGACCGUCCACCAGCACCCAGCGCUCACGGCUGCUCCUUGCAGUGGAGCCGCGGGCCGUCCUGCAAGGUCUUUGUGGUCUUCUUCGCCACCUUCUACUUCGUUCUGCCGCUCCUCAUCAUCGUCGUGGUCUACUGCGGCAUGUUCAAGGUGGCGCGGGUGGCAGCCAUGCACCACGGCCCACCGCCCACCUGGAUGGAGACGCCGCGCCGGCGCUCGGCCUCGCUCAGCAGCCGCUCCACCAUGGUCACCAGCUCGGGGGCUCCUCGGACCACCCCGCAGAGGAUGUUUGGUGGGGGCAAGGCGGCCGCCGUGCUGCUGGCCGUGGGAGGCCAGUUCCUUUUCUGCUGGUUGCCCUACUUCUCCUUCCAGCUGUACACGGCGCUGAGCACUCGGCCCUUGGCCGGGCCGGCGGCCGAGACUGUGGUCACCUGGCUGGGGUUCUGCUGCUUCACCUCCAACCCCUUCUUCUACGGCUGCCUCAACCGGCAGACGGGCGAGCUCGGCCGGCUCCUCACCUGCUUCUUCAAGCAGCCCCCGGAGGAGGACCUGCGGCUGCCGAGCCGCGAGGGCUCCAUCGAGGAGAACUUCCUGCAGUUCCUCCAGAGCACCGGGCGCCCAUCAGAGCCCCCCAACCCCGAGCGGGACCUGCCCCCCGUGGGCAUCCCGGGGCAGAUCGAGGAGGAGGCGGCCGAGGCCAGGGAGUGGGGAGGGGGCAGCGGGGUGUUCGUGCCCGUGGCGGGCUCUGCCAAAGCGGGGCUGUAG